AGGAAUUUUUUGAGAAACUGGGAACUUAUGAUGACGGUUUCGACAUUUGGGGCGGUGAAAAUUUGGAGCUGUCCUUCAAGACGUGGAUGUGUGGCGGUACCUUAGAAAUUGUGCCAUGCUCACACGUAGGACACAUAUUUAGAAAACGUUCACCCUACAAGUGGAGGACGGGUGUAAACGUACUCCGCCGCAACUCAGUACGACUUGCGGAAGUGUGGAUGGACGAGUAUGCCAAGUACUACUAUCAGAGGAUAGGCAACGACAUUGGCGAUUACGGCGAUGUCAGUAAACGGAAAGAACUCAGGAAGCGACUGGGCUGCAAGAGCUUCAAGUGGUACGUGGACACGAUAUUCCCGGAACUGUUUAUACCGGGUGAUGCUGUGGCGAAUGGAGAGUUUUCAUUGAACACACCAUCUGAAGAAUUGUGAUGGAACUAUGAUAUUUUUGAAAAUACCCAAAGACUGGAAUAGAGUAACUUAGUGAUUUAACAUAAGUAGUGGUUAUGUUGUUAUUUUUACCAAAUUUUUAUACUAUGUUUCAAUUGAUAUUAACCGUAUUGUCAUAUGUUUAGAUACGCUAAUAAAAACAGUUCUGAAGGUGGUUAGCAU